UAUGGUGGAGUGUAGACUAUUAUUAAGACAGAAUUGCUGUUCAAAGACAAAUCUCAAUAUAAUGACUAAAUAGUUCAACCAAUUUUACAAUAUGGCUAAACCUUAAAAAAUAAGAUUCUCUCAGCUAUACCAUAAAUAGAGUAGUAAAAAACAACCGAAUAGCCUUAAUCAAUUGCUAAUAGCACAGCAAUUGCAUAAGUACAUCUUACGAAAUUUUAUUUUGAUUUAAAAUUGUAAUUUGUAAGAGAUGCAGAAGAACAAAAAGUUGAUACUUGAUAUUUUUAUAUGA